AAACGUUCAAAUGUACGCAACGAGUUCGCAGGUACCACUACAGCACCCAGUACCACAACACGCGUUUAAGCCGCCAUUGACGCCGGACAGCCUCGCAAAGGACUCGCGGGGGAGUCUAGACAGCCAUCCGGGAUACGACAGCGACCCUUACAAUCCAUCCCACUAUCAGAAUACAAAUGCACAGACAGAUAAUAUAUACCAGCAGCAACAGUUUCAGCAGCCUCAGUUCGCUUAUCAGCAGCAACAAUACCAGCAGCCAUUCAAUUUGAACGAUGGCACGACACAAAUGGGAAUUCAAUUCGGCAAGUCCGCGUUUGCAGCAGGGCACGAUUAUGUAGAUAGAAAUCUCGCACGCCAUUUACCUCUGCCAAUUGUUAAAAGCCUCUUCAACGUCAGUACAGCCUAUGUAGGUGCGAAAUUGCGUCUGAUUUGCUUCCCAUGGACACACAAACGCUGGAUGCGUACGAGAAAUGAGACUUUCGCUCCAGACGGCGCACCAAUCACUGCUGGAUACCUCUCCCCUAGGCAGGAUGUCAACUCACCAGAUCUGUACAUUCCGUUCAUGUCUGUCGUAACUUACAUCAUUUUAGCAGCAAUAUAUGCAGGUAUACAUAAUAGAUUCCAUCCGGAGGUGUUAGGUGGUAGAGCCUCGGUUUCGUUUGCCAUUGCACUCACUGAACUGGCCCUAAUCAAACUCAUUUGCUAUCUUCUUGGUGUCGAAACAGGCGCUAGUGCAGAAACAGGCUGGUCAGCUGGCGUCAGUGGCAGCGUCGAACUCAUGUCAUACUGUGGUUACAAAUUCGUCAGUGUUCUCCCACCCCUUGCCGUCAAGCUGUUCUUCCCAUCCUGGAGAUUCGUCUACUACGCCGUGUUCCUCUAUUGUCUCGCAGCACAAGGAUUCUUUUUGCUCAGGAGUCUGAAAUACGUUCUCCUCCCAGACGCAUCAUCAGCAUCGGCCGCCACGCUAGUCUCUGUCGGCUCCUCAGAACGCCGACGCAGACUCCAGUUUCUGUUCAUCAUCGCUUGCUUCCAGCUCGUAUGGAUGGGUGUUCUUGUAUGGAUCUAGAAAUACAAUACUGUAAACUUAAGAAUAA